AUGUUGAACUUGUGGAAUAGGGCCAACGAUGGCACCAUAAUUGCGCUUGGGGCGCUAUCAAUCGCUGUGUCGGCCUACGCUCUUUAUUCAAACGACCAUAUAAGCCACAAAAAACUACUUGGAAGACUUGAAAUCAAACAAUCCGUUCAUGAUGGAGACCCUGUCGCGUGGGUAUGGGACAUUAUUACAGAGGCAUCGGAAAAGCCUCAAGAGCUACAUCCUACACUGCAGGAAUUUGGCAAUCUGAUCGAAACCAACGAUCGCAUUGGACUGCUCUUCCAAUCUAUGUUUCACCAAGGCCACUCGACAAAAUCCGGAAAUAAAGCCAAAAUCCAGGAUUAUCAACACAUGCUCCAGAUUUUCAACCGCAUUAUCAGCCGUCCACCUCCCUUUCAUAGCAAAGGUCACCAGAUUGGUUUACCAAUGGCUGCUCUUCUUCGAGACUACAUGGCCACACCGAGUGGAUUCGCUGCAUUCCUCGACCCGGAGGUCAACGCGAUCUUCCAAAAGGUGCUUGAUGCAUGGGGUGAAUUUUUACAAACACCAGAAUCUGCUGCUACAUUGGAUGAUCCAUCAAAGGGCUGGUUCAGUAAUUCAUCUCUGACGGCUCUGGCUGCUUCAGGAAACACAAAUGGAUCUACGUAUCAAUUUCAUGAGAUAUUUGAUUGCGACCCGAACGUUCCGUAUCACGGAUUCCGGUCUUGGGACGAUUUUUUCACUCGUAAAUUCAGAGACGGCAUGAGACCAAUUGCAGGAGGGGACGAUGAUAAUAUUAUCGUUGGGGCUUGCGAAGCCGAGCCAACUCAAUUGGCGAGAGAUGUAAAGGCACAAGACACUUUCUGGAUGAAGGGUCGAACAUAUUCACUGGAUCAGAUGCUAGGCACCAACUAUUCCGGUGAAUUUGUUGGCGGCACGAUUUACCAGGGUCUACUGAGUGCAUUUAACUAUCAUCGAUGGCAUGCUCCAGUCUCUGGCACGAUUGUCAAGACCUACACAAUUCAGGGCACUUAUUUUUCUACACCGGGAGCCAUCGACGACGGCAAUGGACGAUUGGUCAACUUUCCAGCAUACAAUUCAGCCAUGUCAACGAGAUCAGUGACAUUGAUCAAUGCGGACAAUCCUGCCAUUGGCUUGAUGGCAUUUAUUGCUGUUGGAAUGGUAGAAGUGUCGUCAUGUGAGGUCACAGUCCAAGAAGGGCAACAUGUGAAGAAGGGAGAUGAGAUAGGAAUGUUUCAUUACGGAGGAUCAACCCAUUGUUUGAUCUUUAAGAAAGAAGUUAAUAUCACCGGCUUCCCAGAGGGAGCGGGGAAUGUUGCUGUUGGCAGCCGGUUCGCCGUUGUUCGUCCUUAG